CACUCGCCUUUUGAGCUCACCGUUCCGGCCGAUAACAAACUCCGGCCGACAUAUCCAUCGAUCCAACGGAGCAUUGAAGUCGAUCGCACCGGAACAUGUCUUGCAAGUUGCUCGAUCACCGGCAUGAUGCAUCCUGCAGCACACUAUAAAUACCUGGCCAGACACACCAGCUGAAUCCAUCAGUUCUCCAUCCUCCUCUUCCAGAGCACAGUAGAGAGGGCUGAAGAACAUGGCGAACAAACACUCGUCCCUCCCCCUCUUCCUCGUCCUCCUUGGCCUGUCGGCCAGCUUGGCCUCCGGUCAAAUUCUCUUUCAGGGUUUCAACUGGGAGUCGUGGAAGCACAAUGGCGGGUGGUACAACUUCCUGAUGGGCAAGGUGGACGACAUCGCCGCCGGCGGCAUCACGCACGUGUGGCUCCCCCCGGCGUCGCAGUCCGUGGCCGAGCAAGGCUACAUGCCGGGCCGGCUGUACGACCUGGACGCCUCCAAGUACGGCAACAAGGCGCAGCUCAAGUCCCUGAUCGGGGCGCUCCACGGCAAGGGCGUCAAGGCCAUCGCCGACAUUGUCAUCAACCACCGCACGGCGGAGCGCAAGGACGGCCGGGGCAUCUACUGCAUCUUCGAGGGCGGCACCCCCGACGCGCGCCUUGACUGGGGCCCCCACAUGAUCUGCCGCGACGACCGGCCCUACGCCGACGGCACGGGCAACCCGGACACCGGCGCCGACUUCGGGGCCGCCCCGGACAUCGACCACCUCAACCCGCGCGUCCAGAAGGAGCUCGUGGAGUGGCUCAACUGGCUCAGGACCGACGUCGGCUUCGACGGCUGGCGCUUCGACUUCGCCAAGGGCUACUCCGCGGACGUCGCCAAGAUCUACAUCGACCGCUCCGAGGCCAGCUUCGCCGUGGCCGAGAUAUGGACGUCGCUGGCGUACGGCGGGGACGGCAAGCCCAACCUCAACCAGGACCCGCACCGGCAGGAGCUGGUGAACUGGGUGAACAAGGUGGGCGGCUCCGGCCCCGGCACCACGUUCGACUUCACCACCAAGGGCAUCCUCAAUGUGGCCGUGGAGGGCGAGCUGUGGCGGCUGCGCGGCACUGACGGCAAGGCGCCGGGCAUGAUCGGGUGGUGGCCAGCCAAGGCAGUGACCUUCGUGGACAACCACGACACCGGCUCCACGCAACACAUGUGGCCCUUCCCUUCUGACAGGGUCAUGCAGGGAUAUGCCUACAUCCUCACGCACCCAGGGACCCCAUGCAUCUUCUACGAUCAUUUCUUCGACUGGGGCCUGAAGGAGGAGAUCGAUCGCCUGGUGUCAAUCAGGACCCGACAGGGGAUACACAGUGAGAGCAAGCUACAAAUCAUAGAGGCUGACGCCGACCUUUACCUAGCCGAGAUCGACAGCAAGGUCAUCGUCAAACUCGGGCCAAGAUACGAUGUCGGGCACCUCAUUCCCGGAGGCUUCAAGGUGGUCGCGCACGGCAAAGAUUAUGCCGUAUGGGAGAAAAUAUAAGCAAAAUUACCGGAGC